AUGGACAACUUUCCACCGGAAGUGCAGCAUAUUUUGGCACCUGCCUCCGACAUUUUUUCGGCAGCGCAACUUACUCAGAUGGCUGAUCGUCUUAUGGAGAUGCACGGCUUUUCCAAGCCGUCACUUUCAGCUCUCUCAACUCCCUCAACUCAUCCUACGUCUCUCCUUUCACAGUUGGAGAUCGAGGUCAGCAGGCUGGCCGGUGAUAUAGCUUCACUCCAGAAGCAGACAGUCUUCCCCUCAUUUCGGAGCCAACCGAAGCCGUCCACCCCGCAUCUCCACUCUUCACAUUCAACCCGUCCAAACGCAGCUGCCAUCUGCUGGUACCACACCACCUUUGGUGUCAAAGCCCGUCGCUGCAUCUCUCCCUGCUCCUUCACCUCCAAGCAGAGCAAACGGGUAAAACCAGUCAACCCGAAGGUCAGUGCAGCCAAUCAUACCGACACCUCUUCCGGCUCUGGUCGCACCUUCUAUGUUUGUGACACUGCGACUCGCAGACGUUUUCUGGUAGACACUGGAGCGCAAAUCAGCGUGGUUCCCCUAACUGCAGCUGAUCGCCGUUUUCUUAGCCUAGGUCUUCAUCUCCAAGCUGUCAACUGUUCCCAAAUUCCCACUUUUGGCAGUCUGUCCCUCACCCUGAACACUGGCCUUCGUCGGUCAUUCACUUGGAUCUUUGUGAUUGCUGAUGUCCCUCAUGCAAUCCUCGGUUCGGAUUUCCUUGCCGAAUUCGAUCUCCUUGUUGACUGCCGAUGUGCCCGUCUCCUCGACCGCACUACCGGUCUGUUUGUCCGUGGACUAACUCCAUUUACUGCCCCCACCUUCUUAUCUGUCCUGGAUACAGAUAUUGGUAGUACUUUUCGGCAACUGCUGCUUAGCCACCCCAACAUAAUUAAACCCCAGUUUCGCAGUGGUGAGGUUCAACAUGAUGUUGUGCAACAUAUCCGCACCUCAGGCCCUCCCGUGUUUGCUCGACCGCGACGACUAGCACCGGAGCGUUCUCAGGCCGCGAAGGCGGAGUUUGAACACAUGCUGCAACUGGGAAUAAUUUGA